AUGUCUUUUUCCACAAAUCAAGGGUCGGAAGAUGAUCCUUGGGCUUCAUAUGGAAAUUUUUCCUCGUAUAAUUAUGGGGAUUCAUCAGCUCAAGCCCCGGCCUUUGCUCCUUUUGAAACAGCACCUCAGGAGACAACAGAACCAUAUUCUCCUUUCUCUACUCCCGCUCAAACCCAACCUGAAGCGGCCCAAAAUACAGCUGUUGAUAUAGAACCAUCAAAUCAAUUCGCAGCAACGAGCCCCCCAACAGAAACAAUGAUUGGAGGCGCCGAUGUCGAGCAAAGGCCGAAAUGGAAUGAAUUUCUAGAUCAAUCAGAAGAGCCUGAAGCCCAACCCGAAGGAAAUGUCUGUUUGAAGCUGUGCAUAUUUUUUUGUACAGCUUCUUGUUGCAUGUUCGGAUUAUGGCUACUCAUAGUUUUUAUCGCCAUAAGUUUGACAACAUGA